AAUUAGAAUUCAAGUUCCUGUUGUCUCAAAAGCAUGCUUGAUGAACAACAAAAAAGAAAUGCAUUUAAAUAAAUGCAUCCACUAAAAUAACGAUUAAUACAAAUAUGUGUCGUAAGUAGUUUUCAAACAACCGCACAAAUGUCUAUUGUCUAAAGUAUUACACAGCAAUUUAUGUAAUUAUUAUUAAUACUGAAUAACGAGUCAAAACAUUACAGAACCUUUAUAUUAAAUUGACUUUUUAUCUUAAAUUUCUGGCAGAAAUAAACCAAUGAAUUUUUUUUUCAUCUUUGGUGCUGUAUGAUAUUCUCUCCAGACAUGUGCAGUCCGGUAGAACAUCACCACAUCAUUGUUCCACCUCGUUUUGAAGACAUCGAGGAUGAGAAAUACUGUGGUCCGUUCCCUCCUCCGACAUCCCCGGUGUAUGUUCCUUUCUCAGGGAAACGCACGAGGACAUCAAGAGGAUCUGCCCACAGUCUGGCGAGCGAGGAGGAUGAGAAGGUGGGCGGGCUUCUGCUCAGUCAGAUGGAGGAGAAGCCGAUGACCAAUCAAAGGGAGCCGUGUGCAGCGCUGGACGUGGACAAGCUCCUGUCAGAAAAUGGAAUAGCAGCUUUGUGUGAUGUUUUUGGAAAUACCUCAUUCAAGGGGCAAGGCCAGGAGGUAGAGGACCUCCGUACCCUCCUGGAGGGGUUCCAGCACUGGGGCAAACAGACCUUCCCCCAGCUCACGUUUGAGGACCUGGUCGCACAGCUGGAGGACCUGGGAGGCCGCAUCGAGAUGCAGGCUUGCCUGAGAGCCCUGCAGCCAGGCUUCGUGCGGCCUUGUGCUCAGGAUGAGCGCUCAGGCCUGGCGUCGGAGGUCCUCCGUCCCACUGAAGACCCGCCCCAGGGCAGGAAGCUCCGAACCGAGGGGCAGAAGGAACGCCCGCCUCUGGGUCAGCUGACCUGUGAUGUCAUCGACAAAUGGCCGACAGAUUGCAGACUCUCCACAAAAAACUAAGGGGAUGAGAGCAAGGCUUAACACUCCAGAGUGUCUACGCUGUACCAGUGCCUUGUCCAUGUCCAGGUCUUGGCUGUAGCGAUGGGCUGGGUUGAUUAUUGCUUGUUGAUUGGUUUGUUAGAGCUUAUUCCAGAGUAGAGUAGACAGCAGAAAAGUGCAUAAAUAUGGUAUUUUUAAGGGGCAUCCCUGUUCCCCCCUGCCCCAAUCCCUUUGGAAGAACCCUCUAGUGUCUGCAGGCUUUUCAGUCAAACAGUGAAGACCGGCAAUUUUACGAGCAUUGUUUUGGCCUAUCUUGACCCCAUCUGUCACUCUUAACUCAACCUGGAUAAUUAAAUUUCAAAUGAAAGAGA